AACAGCUACUGAACGGCUGAAGAGGUCGCAGUAAACACAACAUCCAUAAGAAGCGGUCGCCGACAUGCUGCUCUGCCGUGUGACCGCUUUAACCAGGCGGGGACUCAGUGUGAGGAGACUCGCGCUCUCCUUCAGUUCCGCUCCCGGGGCCGGAGUUCAGCCUCCUGCGGACUACAGAGACUCUGUGCUGCUGCCCCGCACUCAGUUCCCCAUGAAGACCAGCGGGCAGAAACUACUGGAUGUCGAGCUGCGGAUACAGCGGGAGUGUGGUUUCGACCAGCUGUACACGUGGCAGCAAGAGAGAAAAGCCAAGAAGGAGUUUUGCCUCCACGACGGUCCGCCUUACGCCAACGGAGACGCCCACGUCGGCCACGCCCUCAACAAGAUCCUGAAAGAUAUCCACAGUCGGUUUGAGGUGCUGCGAGGCAGGAAGGUGCACUAUGUCCCCGGCUGGGACUGUCAUGGUCUUCCCAUCGAGCUGAAAGCCUUAGGAGAGCUCAACACCUCUCACCUGACUCCACUACAGAUCAGACAGAAAGCUCGGGAGUUUGCAGAACGUGCGAUCGCGAGUCAGCGGGCAUCGUUCGAGCGCUGGGGUGUCAUGGCCGACUGGGAGAACUGUUACUACACGUUUAACGGGUCGUACGAGGCGGCGCAGCUCCGCGUCUUCCAGGACAUGCACAGCAAGGGCUUGAUUUAUCAAGACUAUAAACCUGUCUUCUGGUCUCCAUCUUCCAGGACAGCGCUAGCAGAAGCAGAGCUGGAGUAUAACUCUGAGCACAUGAGCACAGCAGUGUACGCUACCUUUCCUCUGAACACACUCCCACCUAAACUAGCAGCAAGCUUAGGGGAGAUGGGUAAGGUGUGUGUGCUGGUGUGGACAACACAACCGUGGACAAUUCCAGCCAAUCAGGCAGUGUGCUUCAUGCCCAAGUCACAAUACUCUCUUGUGAAGAGACGUGAUAAUGAGCAGCUCCUCCUGGUGGCCACUGAGCGCAUUACAAGCCUCAGCGCUACACUGAGCACUGAACUACAAAACCUGGCCUCAUUCACAGGCUCCGAUCUAGAGGGCGGAGUCUGCCAACAUCCCACACUUCCUGGAAAGGAGGUGCCCUUGUUGCCGGCCAAUCACGUGACCAUGUCUAAAGGAACGGGAUUGGUCCACACGGCUCCCGCUCACGGCAUGGAGGACUACAGCGUGGCCACUCACUUUCACCUGCCCGUGGAGUGCAUGGUGGACGAGGAGGGCAGGUUUACAGAGACGGCUGGUGCUGAGCUACAGGGGCAGAACGUGCUGAAGGAGGGAACAUCUACAGUGAUCUCGAUGCUGCGUGCUGCCGGAGCCUUGCUGAAGGAGGAGCAGUGUGUACACAGUUACCCGUACGACUGGCGCAGUAAGACGCCGGUGGUGAUCCGAGCCAGCAAGCAGUGGUUCAUAAACACAGCCAACCUGAAAGACACGGCUAAGGAAGCGCUGCAGAAGGUUCGUGUGAUGCCCGAGUCGGCCAGGGCGAGUCUGUUGGCCAUGCUGGACAGACGGACGUACUGGUGUAUCUCACGUCAGAGGAGCUGGGGCGUCCCCAUCCCUGUGUUCUACCACAAACAGACCGGAGAACCUCUGAUCAACAAGCACACGGUGACUCAUAUAGCCAAUGUGUUUGCGGAGAAAGGAAGUGACAGCUGGUGGGCGGAGCCUUUGGAAACACUACUUCCUCCUGAUGUACUGAAGAAGAGUAAGGCCGGAGACGUGACGGAUUACGUACGUGGUGAGGACGUGCUGGACAUCUGGUUUGACAGUGGGACAUCCUGGGCUGCUGUGCUACAGGCGGGUGAGGAAGGUGACAACAGAGGCAAACUGGGCUGGUUAAGCAAACAAGAGGCCGACCCGAGGGCCGACGUGUACGUAGAAGGGAAGGAUCAGAUCGGCGGCUGGUUCCAGUCGUCUCUGUUAACUAGUGUAGCGGUGCGCAAUAAAGCCCCGUACAAGAAGUUGGUGGUCCAUGGAUUUGUGCUCAGUGAGAAAGGAGAGAAAAUGUCCAAGUCCCUGGGGAACGUCGUCGACCCCAACGUUGUCAUUAACGGAGGAACGGAUCCGUCUGUUUCUCCUCCGUAUGGUGCAGACGUGUUGAGGUGGUGGGUUGCAGAGUCCAACGUUUUCUCUGAGGUCCAGAUCGGACCCAAAGCACUGAACACUGCCAGAGAGAGCAUCAACAAGCUGAGGAACACUCUGAGGUUCUUGCUGGGGAACCUGCAGGGUUUUGACCCUCGCACUCAGGCAGUGGACUCCAAAGACAUGCACUACAUCGACCAGUACUUACUGCACCUGCUCCGAGAGUACAGCAUCAAGGUAACCGACGCCUACAGCGAGUUCGACUGCGGCCGAGUGAUUCGUCUUCUUCAGGCCUUCAUCACCCGAGAUCUGAGCAACUUCUACUUCAGCGUCAUCAAAGACAGGCUGUAUUGUGAUGCGGAGGACUCAUUAGGCAGGCGGUCGUGUCAGACGGUCCUUGAGGAGAUUUUAGACGGUGUGACGCGCUCCAUCGCUCCGAUCCUGCCUCACCUGGCUGAAGAGGUGUACCAGCAUGCACCAGGGCAUGACGAAGGUGAGACUCUGUUCCGGAGCGGUUGGAUUAAAAGCAGCUCUGUGUGGAGGAAGCCCGGAUUGGAGGAAGCUGUGGAGGGGGCGUGUGCCAUCAGAGACUCCUUCCUGUCCUCCAUCCCAGGAUGCAACGCGGCCGAGUACGACCUGACCAUCGCCAUCGAGCCCGGCCUGUUCUUUGAGCUGAUGGAGUCCCUGCAGGAGGAACCGACCUCGACGUCGUCCCAGCUGACGGAGCUGAUGAUGGCGUCACGCACCACGCUGACCGAAGCCCUGCCCCGAGACCUGCCCUCUGACGCCGUCAUCAGUAAGGGGAGCUUCCUGAUCAACCUGGAGGGUGGUGUUAUCCGUGAAGAGAGCGCGUACUCCGUAGCCGCGGUUCCCAUCUCUCUGUCCCGCUGCCCUCGGUGCCGCCGCUACACCUCGGACACGCCCGAAUGCCUGUGCUCACGGUGCCAAGCGGUCAUCCAGAACGCCCAGUAAAACCAGUCACACCUGCACUUUCCCAGCUCCGCCCACUCUGGCCAAUAUAAGUGAAGCUUCAGAACGUUUCCUACCCAUAAUUCCUGAUGCCGGACGCGGCGCGUGUUCCAGUGAUGAUGUACGUAACCGAUAAGUUUAAGAAGUGAGACGUUAUGUUUCUCGCUCUGGGUCGAGGGACGGAAUCUGCGAUUGUGGUGAAAACCGACGGCCACAAACUCCGCCCUCGAUCUGGAAACUCCGCCCUCAGGGUCACCACGGGGCAGUAAGGAUCACGGGCGUGUGUGUGUGUGUGUGAGAGGUACAAAGAUAAUGCUAGAGCCUUUAAAAGAAAACGAUGGAAUAUGUUUUAUUUUUAUUUACAUUAUUAAAUCUAAACGUGUGUUUUGUAGAGAGCGAGAAGAGAGAGAGAGAUAUUUAACUGUGUAAAGAAAUAAAAGCUCUCGGUGAGCCGAGCUCUCGCACCGAGCUCUCGCACCGAGCUCUCGCACCAAGCUCUCGCGCCGUCUACCUGUAAAUGAAACUGCUUUGUACUGAACUGUUGAUUUCCUUCUGCACAAAUGGAUUCAUUAAAAAAAAAGGCAAAAACAAA